AUGAAGGCUCUCAUCGUUCUGGGGCUUGUCCUCCUUUCUGUUAUGGUCCAGGGCAAGGUCUUUGAAAGGUGUGAGUUGGCCAGAACUCUGAAAAGAUUGGGAAUGGAUGGCUACAGGGGAAUCAGCCUAGCAAACUGGAUGUGUUUGGCCAAAUGGGAGAGUGGUUAUAACACACGAGCUACAAACUACAAUGCUGGAGACAGAAGCACUGAUUAUGGGAUAUUUCAGAUCAAUAGCCGCUACUGGUGUAAUGAUGGCAAAACCCCAGGAGCAGUUAAUGCCUGUCAUUUAUCCUGCAGUGCUUUGCUGCAAGAUAACAUCGCUGAUGCUGUAGCUUGUGCAAAGAGGGUUGUCCGUGAUCCACAAGGCAUUAGAGCAUGGGUGGCAUGGAGAAAUCAUUGUCAAAACAGAGAUGUCCGUCAGUAUGUUCAAGGUUGUGGAGUAUAA